UCUCUGCUCACCCCAGAGCAGCGGCCCUCCCCACAGGAACUCCCGUCCUCGCUGCAUGCCAUCACACCGGGCUGUUGACACAACCCUGCCACGGCCAUGCACAGGUGACAGCCAGGUCCCUGGAGCCCCCCAAGGUGCCGUGAGGUGGCAUGGGGCAGGGGGCCAUGGCUGCAGGGUGAGUGCCUUCCCCCACCCCAUUCAGGGUGACGUGCACGCCUGGGUGACGUUGAGCCCCGUCUGUCUAUGCCACUUCCCGGGCAAAGGGUGCUGCUGAUAAGGCUGGGGUGGAGCUGUGGGGCUGUCCCAGACCUGGGAAGGAACGUCAGGCCCCAUCAGGAACAGCAGGACAGGAAGGGGGCAAAGUCGAUCUGGGGCAGAGGGGCACCCCAGAGCCGCAGCCCCUGGACAUCAGGUCUCCAGCGCCCGGGCGCCUUCGCGGGCGCGGCGGAGCCCCGCGGCUCGGUCCGGGAUGGCGGCGCGGCCGGUGCUGCCGGUCCUGGCGGCGCUGCUGCUCUCGGCGGCUCCGGAGCCGGUCCCGCGGGUCAGCCUGCCCUACGACUCGGCCGAGAGAGUCGUGCGGCGCUUUGAGGCGCCUGGGGUGUCCAACUACACGGCCCUGCUGCUGAGCCCGGACGGUGGGACCCUCUACCUGGGGGCACGAGAGCUGCUCCUCACUCUCAACACCAGCAACUUUCAGCCCAGCUCCCCUGUUCAUAGGCUGCAGUGGAGUGCAGAUGAGGAGAAGAAGAGGCAGUGUGUGUUCAAGGGCAAGGACCCCCAGAGGGACUGUCACAACUACAUCAAGCUGCUGCUGCAGCUGAACAGCACCCACCUGUACACCUGUGGGACCUGCGCCUUCAGCCCAGCCUGCGCCUACAUCAAUGUGCAGCACUUCAGCCUGGAGCGGGACGCGUCGGGGAAGGUGGUGUUGGAGGACGGGAAGGGACGCUGCCCCUUUGACCCUGAGUACCACUCCACAGCUGUGAUGGUCGACGGCGAGCUCUACGCCGGGACUGUCAGCAACUUCCAGGGCAAUGAGCCGACCAUCUCCCGCAGCCAGGAGAGCCGCAUCGCCCUCAAGACCGAGAACUCUCUCAACUGGCUGCAAGACCCGGUGUUCGUGGGCUCAGCCUACCUGCGGGAGAGCCUCCCUGCCGGCAAUCCUGAGGGCGACGACGACAAGGUCUACUUCUUCUUCAGCGAGACCGGGAAGGAGUUUGACUAUUUUGAGAACACCAUCGUCUCCCGCAUCGCCCGUGUCUGCAAGGGGGACCAGGGCGGGGAGCGCGUGCUGCAGCGGCGCUGGACAACCUUCCUGAAGGCACAGCUGCUCUGCUCGCACCCUGAGGAUGGGUUCCCCUUCAACGUGCUGCAGGACAUCUUUGUGCUCACUCCGGGUGAGCUGCGCUGGAGGGAGACACUCUUCUAUGGUGUCUUCACCUCGCAGUGGAACAAGGGCGGACUGGGCAGCUCGGCCGUCUGCGCCUUCCCCAUGCGCAGCGUGCAGCGCGCCUUCGGCGGGCUCUACAAGGAGGUGAACCGCGAAACGCAGCAGUGGUACACGGACACCAGCCCCGUGCCAGAGCCCCGGCCAGGCAUGUGCAUCACCAGCCACACACGGCACCUGAAGAUCAAUUCAUCGCUGCAGAUGCCAGAUCGGGUGCUGAACUUUAUCAAGGACCACUUCCUGAUGGACAGCCCCGUGCGCAGCCAGCCGCUGCUGCUGCAGAGCCACCGGCGCUACCAGCAGAUCGGCGUGCACCGCGCGCAGGGCCUGCAUGGCACCUACGACGUCCUGUUCCUGGGCACGGACGACGGGCGACUGCACAAGGCUGUGCGGGUGAACCACGGCGUGCACAUCAUUGAGGAGAUCCGCCUCUUCCCUGACGGGCAGCCCAUCCUCCAGCUGCUGCUGGACCAGGAGCAGGGCCUCGUCUACGCAGCCACCCACACAGCAGUGGCCCAGGUGCCCUUUGCCAACUGCAGCCUGUACCGCAGCUGUGGGGAGUGCGUGCUGUCACGGGACCCCUUCUGCGCCUGGAGCUGGGGUGCCUGCCGCAGGCUCACCCCACAUCCCCCGGCACACCCACAGCUCUGGGCACAGGACAUCGAGGGUGCUGACACGGAGCGGCUCUGCCAGCUGGCCAACACCUCCCAGCCCCGUCCCCGCAUCCUGCUGGCCCCAGCCUCAGACGCCCCGUGCCAGCAGAUCCAGCUACCUCCCAACGCCGUGCGGCCGCUGCCGUGCCAGCUGCUCUCCAACCUGGCCUCGCGGCGCUGGCUGCACAACGGGGCACCUGUCAACGCCUCCUACCUGGUGCUGCCCGACGGGGCCCUCAUUCUGGUGGGCAGCCCCGAGCGUGCGGGCACCUACGAGUGCUGGUCGCUGGAGGAGGGGUUCCGCAAGCUGAUGGCCAGCUACUGCGUGGGCGUGGAAGAGCCGGCCCUCGGGCCAGCAAACUCUGGCAGGAAGGUGGCUGCCGGCCGUGACGCCCUGGAGACCGUCAGCACAUCCCGGAGCACCUCGGCGGUGGGCAGUGCUGCGGCUCGCCUGGACGGCAAGACCUACUGGACCGAGUUCCUGGUGAUGUGUGUGCUCUUUGCUGCUGCCGUCCUCGUGCUGGCCUUCUUUGUCCUGCAGCGGCACCGUGACGGCAUGAAGGCCUUGCUGGAGCCCGGCGACCCCAGCAGGCACCAGAAGCCGCCCCGCAAGCCGGUGGAGAGCCUGCCCCUGAAUGGCAGCAGCCUGCCCAGCACGGCUCCUGAGCACAAGGGCUACCAGGCCCUGCAGGACAACUACAUCGUCAGUACCCCUGUGCAUGAGCCCCCAGGGCCCCCACGCACCUUCUCUGAGUCGGAGAAGAGGCCUCUCCACGUCCGUGACAGCUUCGUGGAGGUGUCUCCUGCCUGCCAAAGACCCCGGGUGCGCCUGGGCUCCGAGAUCCAGGACUCGGUGGUGUGAGCGGGACGAGAGCUGAGCCCUCACUCACAACUGCCUGUGCUCUGCUGAGCCUCGCCGGACCAUGCACCGCUGCCAGGGUCCAUGUUGUCUGUGUGUGCAUGCCCAGAGCCUGGCACCCACCGUCUGCGGCAGCACCCACCAGCCAGCGGGGUCUAGACCCCGGCGGGCUCCCUGGGCAUCACCUCGGUACUCACGGGUGUGAGGGGUGCCUCACGCCUUCCAGGGACCUGCAGGACGGUUCCAGCCCAGCGUCCCUGCUGCAGGGACAGACACGGUUCCUGGCUCAGGCUGCUGGUGCGGGCUCUGCCAGGCCCUGAGCCCCUCUAUGCAGAGGGCAGGAGGGGGCAGCCGCAGACCCCUCGUGCCCCAACUCACUGUGACGUCCCGCUGGGGACCCAGGGCCACGCGCGGCUGGGCAGGGCCAGCCCCGCGGCAUGUGCUGUGUGUCUGUGCUUGGUUCGUUUUUAGUAUGUGGAAAAUGUGAAUUGUGUCCGGGGAAGGGGAGCUGGGAACAGCUUCCCCUGCGCUGGGUGGGCAGGGAAGCCCCCACGGCCCCAUGUGCGUGUGCGGAAACGUCUUUUGUUUUUAUAUAAAGUCCUUCAGACACGUC